GCACCGGGAAGACUGUUGUCGCACGCAUCGUUGGCGAGCUGCUGGUCGAAAUGGGUGUUAUCGAGAAGGAGGGCGACGAGACCGUCUUCCAUGAAGUCUCCAGGGCAGACCUUGUGGCGGAGUAUAAGGGUCAGACUGCGCCAAAGGUGAUUGGUGCUGUGGAGAAGGCUAUGGGCGGCGUCCUCUUUAUCGAUGAAGCCUAUUCUUUGAAGAAGGACUGA